AAAUUUGGCGGGAGAUCUCAUUUUGGCACCAAAAAUAUUCAAAAAAGCAACCCAUUUCCAAACUCCCCCAAACAAACCCUUAAUUUCUCUCUUUUCCGUCAAAAAAAAUUUUCCAGACAAAUACCCUAGACAAAGAUCCCCUAUCACCAUCCAACAUGGCUCGCGAAGAGGAAUUGCAGAUAAACAUGGCGAAGCGUGCGUACAGGAAAGCCAAAGAGGAAGGGAAUAGGCAAGAAGAGGCAAGGUGGGCAAAUGUAAUUGGAGAUAUUCUGAAGAACAGAGGAGAGUACGUGGAGGCACUCAAGUGGUUUCGAAUCGAUUACGAUAUUUCGAACAAGUAUUUGCCUGAGAAACAGUUGCUUCCCACUUGUCAGGCUCUAGGUGAGGUCUAUCUUAGGUUGGAAGACUACCAGGAUGCGUUGAUUUAUCAGAAAAAACAUUUGGAUCUUGCUAAGGAUGCCAAUGAUCUUGUUGAGCAGCAAAGAGCCAGCACACAACUUGGGCGUACCUACCAUGAAAUGUUUUUAAAAUCUGAUGGUGACCAUUACUCAGUUCGGAAAGCCAAAAAAUAUUUUAAGUGUGCCAUGGAGCUUGCUCAGACUCUCAAGGAGAACCCCCCUAAUAAUAAGUCUUCUUUUCGCAAAGAGUAUAUUGAUGCACACAAUAAUAUUGGUAUGCUAGAAAUGGACCUUGAUAACUUGGAUGAAGCACUAAAAUUCCUCACUAAAGGUUUGGAGAUAUGUGAUGAAGAGGAAGUCGCUGAGGAUGAUGAUGGGCGUAGUAGGCUUCAUCACAAUCUGGGAAAUGUUUAUAUUGAGUUGAGGAGGUGGGACAAAGCACGUGAACACAUUGAGAAAGACAUAAUAAUUUGUAAGAGAAUUGGGCACUGCCAAGGAGAGGCAAAAGGGUACAUUAAUCUUGGUGAGUUGCAUUACAGGGUUCAAAAGUAUGAUGAGGCAAUACUUUGCUACCAGAAGGCACUUGAUUUGGCAAAAUCCAUGGAAGAUGAGGAUGCUUUAGCAGCACAAAUCAAUCAAAAUAUCAAUACUGUAAAGGAAGCUAUUAAUGUAAUGAAUGAACUGAAAAAGGAAGAGCAGAAUCUCAAGAAGCUUAGAAGAAAGAUGGUUACUGCAAAAGGAACACCGGAGGAGCGUAAGUUUCUGCUACAGCAGAAUUCAUGUCUAGAUCGUCUCAUUGAGAAAUCAGCUAUGAUCUUUGCAUGGCUGAAGCAUCGUGAAUUUGCCAAAAGGAAGAAGAGCAUAGCAAGUGAACUUUGUGAUAAGGAAAAGCUGAGUGAUGCAUUUUUAGUUGUUGGAGAAUCAUACCAGAAGCUCAGGAACUUCAGCAAAGCCAUUAAAUGGUACACAAAGAGUUGGGAAGGAUACAAGUUAAUUGGAAAUCUGGAGGGUCAAGCAUUGGCAAAAAUCAAUAUUGGUGAUGUUUUGGACUGCAGUGGUGAUUGGACUGGAGCACUUGAGGCAUUUGAAGAGGGCUGCAGGAUUGCUGCUAAAGCUAAGCUUCCUUCUGUUCAGAUUUCUGCAUUGGAGAAUAUGCAUUAUAGCCACAUGAUAAGAUUUGACCAUGUUGAAGAGGCCAGGAGGUUGCAGCUUGAAAUUGACAAAUUGAAACAGUCAAAAACUAAGGAGCUUGAAGCAAAACAUGUCACAAUGGAUUGCUGCUCUGAAACUGACACAGAAGGGGAUGAUCAUUGCUCAGAUAACAUGUCUAAUGCAUACUCAGGGGUGAUGAGUAAAUCCAAUUCUAACAAAUCAGCAUCUUUAGCUGCUAGUGGAGAGCUGAAUGAUGAUUUACCUCUAAUUUCACUUAUCCGACCCAGCAAAAGAUCAUCCAAAACUGAAACAGCCCCCUCAGGAAAAUACAAUAUUUCUACUGAGCCAGAUGAAGCUUUUCCAAGUAGUUUGUCCAAAUCAACAAGAAAUCAGCAAACAGUUGUUGGUCGUAAACGUGUUCGUGUAGUCCUCUCGGAUGAUGAAGGUGACAUGCAUGAUGAAGUAGAAGGCUCUGCAGGAAGGCUGCAUGAAUGUCCAGUUAAUGUUGCUGCUUCAAACGAAUUUAAGAGUAAAAGUGGUCCUGUCCGUUCUGAUUAUAAAUCUCAGGAUUUCUCCCCAGUUCCCUCCAAAAGUCCCAUCCAGCACUGCAAUCUUGUCAAUAUUGAAGAAAGCAUUUGUUCAUACAAAUCUGUGAGCCCCAAUAUAACUGUUUCGAAUGGAAAAAUUAACAGAUCUUUAAGUGAUGCCGAAGUUGUUAUUGUUUCUGGUUUUGCUGCUAGCACUUUGAAAUGUGACAUCAAUGCCUCUGAGAACUUACUGCACGAACAUAAUGCUCCUCAUCUCAAGUUGCAUACUACUGAUAAUGAGGAUGAUGGCUGCAUAACAUUCAAAGUUGAUACCAGCAUGAUAAAUGUGGAAUUGAGCUCAUUUAUGAUUGGCGAUAAGAUAAGCAUGGAGUCUUUGGAGGUUGAACUAGCUUGCUUAUAUUAUUUGCAGCUUCCUGUAGAGAAGAGAUCAAAGGGUCUGUUGCCCAUCAUUCAGAACAUGGAAUGUGGUGGGAGACCUCUGGAAUCCUUUGAAAACUUUGAUGCUCUUAGGAAUCAUAUGAGGAAGGUUUUGGUUGAUGUUGUUAUUGAUGGAUGGGUCCAGAAGCGCUUGAUGAAAUUGUAUAUUGACAGCUGCAAUGAAUUAUCUGAGGCACCAAAUAUGAAGUUGCUUAAAAAAUUGUAUGUUUCAGAGAUAGAGGAUGACGUUGAUGUGUCUGAAUGUGAACUGCAAGAUAUAUCAGUAACUCCAUUGUUGAAUGCCUUGUAUACACAUAAAGGGGUUGCCAUGCUAGACCUUUCUCACAACUUGUUAGGAAAUGCAACAAUGGAGAAACUCCAACAAUUUUUUUCAUCAUCAGGCCAAAAAUAUGCUGACUUGACUUUGGAUUUGCAUUGCAAUCGAUUUGGUCCUACUGCUUUAUUCCAGAUUUGUGAGUGCCCUGUGCUGUUCACUCGACUUGAAGUACUUAAUAUCUCUGGUAAUCGUCUCACUGAUGCAUGUGGAUCAUAUUUAUCAACCAUCCUUGAAAAGUGCAAAGCCCUGUUCAGCUUGAAUGUAGAGCGCUGUUCCAUUACUUCCAGAACAAUUCAAAAGGUUGCUGAUGCACUUGGUACUGGAUCUGCCCUAUCACAACUUCUCAUAGGAUAUAACAACCCUAUAUCUGGGAAUGCCAUCACUAAUUUAUUGGGCAAACUUGCUAAAAUGAAAAGAUUUUCAGAUCUUAGUUUAAAUGGCUUAAAACUAAGCAAGCCUGUGGUUGAUGGCCUUUGCUACCUUGCUAAAACCUCAUGUCUGUCACGAUUGAUGCUUGAGGGCACUGGUAUAGGAACUGAUGGAGCACUAGGAUUGACUCAAUCAUUGUUCAGCUCAACUCAGGAGCCUUUGAAACUUGAUCUGUCUUAUUGUGGAGUAACAUCUACAUACGUUUAUCAACUUAACACCGAUGUUACUUUCAUUAGUGGCAUUCUUGAGCUCAACCUUGGAGGAAAUCCCAUUAUGCUAGAGGGUGGCAAUGCAUUAGCAUCACUGCUUAUCAAUCCUCAAUGUUGUCUAAAAGCUUUGAUCCUGAACAAGUGUCAGCUGGGGAUGGCUGGAAUUCUUCAAAUAAUUCAGGCACUAGCAGAGAAUGACUCUCUAGAAGAGCUCAAUCUUGCUGAUAAUGCUGAUACGAAUAAGCAGUUAACUAUACAAUGUGAUAAAUUGACAAAAGAGAGCUCAGAGUACUUACAGCCAGACCACACCAUAUCUGAACCGUAUCUUAAUCAAUGUGUUUCCAAGGAAUGUGAUGUUGAGCAGGGCAUGUGUGUUAUUAACGCAGACUGCUGUAAGCUUGAAGUUGCUGAUAGCGAAGAUGAUGAGGUAAGGGUAGGAACAGCUGCAUGUGAGUUCGAUGACAGCUGUGCAAGCUCAUGCCAAAGAAAUUCGUCUAUGGAGUGCCAGUUCAUUCAAGAUCUUUCCACUGCCAUUGGCAUGGUAAAGCAGUUGCAGGUGUUAGAUCUUAGCAAUAAUGGGUUCUCAGUUGAAGCUUCCGAAGCUUUAUUCAAUGCUUGGUCAUCAGGUUCAAGGGUUGGUUUAGCUUGGCGGCACAUUGAUAAUCAGACAAUCCAUUUGUCAGUGGAAGUAAAUAAGUGUUGUAGAGUCAAAUCCUGCUGCAAAAAGGAUUAAAUCUAUUGCUUCUGGGUGGAUAUUGACACGUUGUAUGAUUACCUUCAUAGUAACAAACCACUCAUCGUAGCAACAUAUUCCCACUGAUUUUGUUCCUGUCAGCCAUUUUUAACCAUAAUUUCGGCAGGAUUUGUAUUGUAUCGGUUCAACUGAUUGGGAAGUGUAUAGCUACUUGAUGGCAUAUCAAGGAUUAGUAGAUGUAUAUAUUUUCUCGACCGAGAGUGAAAAAAUUGAAUUGGAUCAA